UCUACAUCACCGGUCUGCUGCAGGUCCUUGACGUGGCAUUCAAAACAAAGAUGGCGCCUUUACUUACAGUGUCUUUGAGUUUGGAAACUUUUUUGUCAGUGGAUUAAGUUUUUAAUCGGGGCAUUUUCCUCAAAGAGAGGUUUUUCCGUGUUUCUGAGUGUGUUUUCGGCGGGAGGCCGUAGAAUGAGCGGCUGGGCCGGUUUUUCUGAGGAGGAGCUGCGGAAAAUGCAGCAGAAAGACUCAGCUUUACCAACAGCGGCUUCCCGUGGUCGGAAGCCGCCUGCAGCGAGCCGUAACCGGCAGCAGAUGCAGCGGGAGAGGGCCCUGCAGUUAGCCGCUCAGAGGAGCGCAGGGGCCGGGCCCCCUGGCCUCCCGCCGGAGCAGCAGCUCGCCCAGCCUCCCCCCAACGAAGAACGCCUGCCCGCAUCCCGACCGGGACCUCCUGCGGUCCGGCUGGAGGAGAAGCAGGAACCGGCUGCAGAGGAGCAGACACCAGUGGUCAAAGAGCUGGAGAAACAGGAGGUGGAACUGCGUGAAAAGACACGUUUGGAGCAGCUACAGCAGGAGCAAAAAGUCAUAGAGGAGAGGAACAAACGCAAAAAGGCCCUGCUGACAAAAACCAUUGCUGAGAAGUCCAAACAGACUCAGGCCGAGGCCGUGAAGCUGAAGAGGAUCCAGAAGGAGCUGCAGACGCUCGAUGACAUGGUGUCCAACGAUAUCGGCAUCCUGAGAGAAAAAAUAGAGCAAGCCAGCUGGGACUACUCUGCAGCCAGAAAGCGCUACGAGAAGGCCGAGGCCGAGUACGUGGCGGCCAAGAUGGACCUGCACAGGAAGACGGAGGUGAAGGAGCAGCUGACGGAGCACCUCUGCGCCAUCAUCCAGCAGAACGAGCUGCGCAAAGCCCACAAACUGGAGGAGCUGAUGGAGCAGCUCCAGCUCCAGGAGGAGCGAGCCGAGCCCGGGGAGGUACAGGCCAACGGGGACCAGGGGAAGGGCUCUGUGGAGAGUCGGGAGGGGACGGUGCAGUCCACCCAAAACUGUAGAGCUCCAGCCGAGCCGCCUGUGGAGGAGGAGACGGGGGGAAGGGACCAGAGGGAGGCCACAGGAACUUUGACAGCCGAACAGGACUGUGAAGGGGUCGAAAACUGUGUUCAGGGGGGGACGUCGGCCUCCUGAUUCUCAGAGGAGACGGGGGAGGCAUCCAUGUCCUGAGCGGCAUCCUCAGAUGUGACAGACUGAUGGAGACUGAGUUUUAUAGACAAUCAGGUGGAGAGGUGUCAUACAAACACACACCCUGACUCUCAUGCACUACAACUCACCUUUUUCUGCACGCAGGAGAAGGUUUGGAGCAAAAGUCCUGAUCGGCUCUCACUUCUGUAAAAGUAUCAAAACACUAACGCAACAACACUGGCUCAUCCCUUGAGU